CGGGCGGAGGGAGGAGAUCGGGGACAGCCCCGGCCACGGCGGCCAGCGGGUCCGACCGCUCCUCGCCGCCCUCCCCGGCACCUCUCCCGGGGCCGCCCGCUGCUCGCUGCCCGCCCCCUCCGCACCGCACGGCCGGCGGCAUCCCAGCGGGGCUGCGCGCUGCGCUGCAGUCAGCGGAUGGAAGGCGCUCUGCUUUGACACAUCGCCCGCGGGCAGCACGGAUCCAUCAGUGGUGAACUUCAUGAUGAGCUGAAGUGCCGGCUGCCAGGAGACACCAGGAAAUUGGAGCAGAAGGUCACUGGACAAAAUGGGGAACGCAUCAAUGAAACCCAAACAUCUGAGGCAGCCAGACAGACACAUAGCAAACCUAGCUCUUGGUUGUGCUAGCAACUAUAAGUUUCUAACGGACCCUGGUCUGGGCAUCCAUAUGACUGGACAAGUUGAUGUGCUUUGCAGCAGGGUGCUUGAAUUGGAAAAGGAGCUGAAAAGAAAAGAUGAAGAGUUGCAAGAGGGUCAAAGUCUUGUUGCUGAGCUUCAGGAGCAGCUGUCUAUGCAGACUAAGGUCAUAGCAGAACUCACCAAGGAACUUCAGAACAAGUGCAUCCAGCUGAACAAGCUGCAGGAUGUUAUUAACACUCAAGGAGAACACUCUCUUCAGCCUUCUCCAUUUAGAGUGACUCCAAAGAAUCAGGUCUCUGCUGACAGGAGGAAAGGAGCUAAGGAGGGUGUAUCUGCAGAGCCAACAACACAGCUCUAUGAUUCCAGCAAACAAGUUAGAUUUUCCUUUGAAAAAUCAAGAGUCCGAAAGGAUUCCAGUGAGAAGAAGCUCAUCAUGGAUGCUCUGAAUAAAAAUCAGUUCUUGAAAAGACUGGAACCUCAGCAGAUCAGAGAGAUGGUGGAAUGUAUGUAUGAGAGGACUUUCCAGCAAGGGAGUUAUGUCAUCAGACAAGGAGAGCCAGGCAAUCACAUUUUUGUCCUCAAAGAGGGCAGACUGGAAGUGUUUCAGCAGAAUAAACUACUCUCCUCCAUACCUGUGUGGACAGCAUUUGGUGAACUGGCCAUUUUAUACAACUGCACACGGACGGCUUCCGUGAAAGCAAUCACCAAUGUUAAAACAUGGGCACUAGACAGAGAAGUGUUUCAAAACAUCAUGAGAGUGACAGCACAGACAAGACAAGAACAGUACAGAAACUUUCUUAGAAGUGUGUCCCUCUUAAAAAACUUACCAGAAGAUAAACUGACCAAAAUCAUGGAUUGCCUGGAGGUGGAGUACUAUAACAAGGGAGAUUAUGUUAUUCGGGAAGGAGAAGAAGGAAAUACCUUCUUUAUAAUAGCAAAAGGAAAGGUAAAGGUUACCCAGAGUACUACAGAUCACUCACAGCCUCUGCUGAUUAAAAAUCUGCAUAAAGGAGAUUACUUUGGAGAAAAGGCCCUCAUUAGUGAUGAUGUCAGAUCAGCAAACGUUAUUGCGGAUGAAUAUGACGUGGAGUGCCUCGUUAUAGACAGAGAGACAUUUAAUCAAACUGUUGGAACUUACGAGGAGUUACAAACCUACCUUGAAGGUUAUGUGGCUAAUUUGGCCCGGGCUGAUGAAAAGCGACAUGCCAAAAGAAGAUCCUUCUGUGGACAGUCAACAAAAGAGUUGUCUUUGGAGAUGAUACAGCUGAAGGAGAAAGUAGCCCAAUUCCCUUCUUCCCCAUUUCAGAAUUUAGAAGUUGUCACAACUCUCGGCGUUGGUGGGUUCGGAAGGGUUGAGCUUGUUAAGGUAAAAAAUGAGAACGUGGCUUUUGCUAUGAAGUGUAUAAAGAAGAAACAUGUAGUGGACACAAAGCAACAAGAGCAUAUAUAUUCUGAAAAGAAAAUCCUAGAGCAGAUAUGUUCUCCUUUCAUUGUGAAGCUUUAUCGCACAUUCAAGGAUAAUAAGUACGUGUACAUGCUGCUGGAGGCUUGCCUUGGUGGGGAAUUGUGGAGCUUGCUGAGAGACAGAGGCAGCUUUGAUGAACCCACUACGAAGUUCUGUGUUGGAUGUGUGACAGAGGCUUUGGACUAUCUACAUCACAUAGGAAUUGUCUACAGAGACUUAAAGCCAGAAAACUUAAUUUUGGAUGCUGAAGGAUAUAUAAAAUUGGUUGAUUUUGGAUUUGCAAAAAAGAUCGGAUCAGGGCAGAAAACCUGGACGUUCUGUGGAACCCCUGAGUAUGUUGCUCCAGAAGUCAUUCUGAGUAAGGGCCAUGACUUCAGUGUGGAUUUUUGGUCCCUUGGGAUUCUUGUGUAUGAACUCCUUACUGGCAGUCCGCCAUUCUCUGGGGCUGAUCAGAUGACAACAUACAAUUUGAUUCUAAAAGGCAUUGAAAAACUGGAUUUUCCUAGAACAAUAACAAGGCGACCUGAGGAUCUGAUCCGCAGACUCUGCAGGCAGAACCCUACAGAAAGAUUAGGCAAUCUGAGGAAUGGAAUUAAUGACAUUAAGAAGCACAGGUGGUUGAAUGGUUUUAACUGGGAUGGUCUGAAACUGAGGAAAAUAGCAUCACCUUUAAAAAGAGAGUUAUCUGGACCAACUGAUUACAGCUACUUUGACAGCUAUCCACCUGAAGAGGGAAUGCCUCCAGAUGAACUUUCUGGCUGGGACAAGGAUUUCUGAUACUUUUUCUUCCAGAGCAUCUAUAGAGACUCAUGGGCACCGGUUCUAAACCUGUUCUUGUGCUUCUUGCUUCAAACCAAAGUAUAUGAUGUUUUUGAAAAACAUUAUGUUCCCUGGAGAAUAGAUGACGGUACAGCAACCAGAUCUUGUUUGGGUAGUGCACCAAGUUCCCCAUGCAUCUCCUUAUUAAAAAAAAAAAAAAAAAGCAUGCAGAUGCAACCUGAAUAUUUUUU